AUGCCAAAACAAGAACAAGACGACCUACCCCCCUCCUACAACGAAGCAACCCUCCCCCCCUCCUACCCGCAAUCAUCAGCAACAACAAUCUCAUCGACCCUCUCCUCCCUCACAUCCCUCCUCCGCACAACCCAAGCCCAGCAAUCCGCCCUCGACACAAUCACAACCACAAACCUCCUCCCCCUGCUCACCCCGCACCUCACCUCCCUCCUAACCGGCCUCUGCACGACCCCGAACCCUCCGUCCCUCGCAGAACUAGUCUUCGUCCCGGCCGCCGCCGUCGGUCCAGAAUGGAGCAUAACCUCGGACGCGGAUCGAAAAGCCGGCGAAUUGGUGCAAGUAAUCCGCGUAGCACACGAAACGGAUGAAAAGGGGGGCAACGAAAAAAAGACCUCCUCACGUCCUUCCGCGCCAUCAUCAUCAUCAUCAUCACUACGCGAAUUCGACGACUGGGGCCGUUGGGGUGACGACGACGACGACGACGCAGCAGCAGCAGCAGGCGCGCGGGGCUCUUCUUCGAGUAGAGAGGAGAAAUGGUGGUGGGACGACGAGAACAUGGCUCGUCGUCUGGCGAAACAGCUGCAGCCAGAGCCCAAAGUCGACAGGACGACGGUCCGCGCCGUCGUCGUCGAGCAGGCCAAGGAGAAGAAGAAGGCGAGCAGGUGGGGGGGUCUGUUCAAGACGCCCUCCGAAGCAUCCUCGUCCACGUCAACGACGCCUCCGCAGCAGUACAGCAGCAGCAAGUCUGCGACGCCAGCGAAACAAGACGAGGACGUGACCAUGACGGUCCGCGCCGAAGAAGUCACUUUUCGCAGGGAAAAUAAAAUGGGAAUCUGGGAGGGAACGCACGGGUGGGGUAUUGUCGCCCGUGUCCGGAUUCGCAGGUGA